AUGGCUGUCGGAAAGAACAAACGUUUGACUAAAGGCAAAAAAGGCGGCAAGAAAAAAGUCGUUGAUCCAUUUACACGCAAGGACUGGUACGAUAUCAAAGCCCCUGCUAUCUUUUCGGAACGCAACUGCGGUAAGACUCUGGUGAACCGUACCGCUGGUACCAAGAUCGCUUCGGAGGGUCUCCGUGGCCGUGUGUUCGAGGUCUGCCUUGCGGACUUGAACAAAGAUGAGGACCAGGCUUUUCGUAAAAUUCGCCUUUGCGCGGAGGAGAUUCAGGGCAACCAGAUUAUCACUGGCUUCCAUGGCAUGGAUUUUACGCGUGACAAGCUGUGCUCGCUGAUCCGCAAGUGGCAAACGUUGAUUGAAGCGUUUGUGGAUGUUAAGACCACGGAUGGCUAUCUAGUGCGUCUAUUCUGCAUUGCUUUUACUAAGAAGCGCCCGAAUCAGAUUAAAAAGACAACUUACGCUAAGACAGCUCAGAUUCGUGCUAUCCGUAAAAAGAUGACUUCAAUCAUGACGGACGAAGCCUCGAAGUGCGACAUUAAGGACCUUUUUUUGAAAUUUGUGCCCGAGAUCAUUGGAAAGGAGAUUGAAAAGGCUACUCAAGGCAUUUACCCACUUCAAAAUGUAUACAUCCGCAAGUGCAAGAUUCUCAAGAAGCCCAAAUUCGACCUGGUGCGUCUUAUGGAACUCCAUGAGGGCGGUGCUGAAGAGAAGGGCGCCAAGGUUGUUCGUCAGGAGGAUCAACUAGUGGAAUCGAUGGCUGGCUCUGGUGGCCGCUUGUAG